CGGUGACAGGCUGCGGGAGGAGGCGUCACUGGAUCAGUCCCGACCUGCAGCCCGGACCGACGCUCCCCUCCCGGCCACCGCGCUGCGCAACACCGGGAGACACCGGGACACCUCAGGACACACCGGGACACACCGGGACACACCUCUGGACACUUCGGAGAGCACAGCCACAUUUGUUCAUGUUUUAGGGAGGAGGUGCGCGCUGCAGCACUUUUCUGUUCUUUCUGCGUCUGAUCAGCAGGAGGACGCACUCCGGAGCGGAGCGGGGCGGGGAGGAGCAGCGGAGCGGAGAGGAGCCCAUGCGGACUGGACUCACUUAUCAAUGAAGCAGGAGAUCAUGGCGGAGGGUCCCCGCUGCAAGAGGCGAAAACAGGCCAACCCCCGGAGGAAGAACGUGUUGAACUAUGAGAAUGUGGUGGAGACGGGUUCGGAGACAGACGAGGACGACAGGACAUUGGUCUCUGAGGACGGUGGCCCCGCUAACGGCAGUGCUGCAGGAGGAGGAGGAGGAGGAGGAGGAGAUGAUGAGGAGCAGGGCAGCCCGGCUGGCGUGCCCCCCCUGGAGGCGUCGCCCCGGGUGGCCCACGCCCUGCUGUCCUCAGAGGGCUCGGAGGUCCGGGACGGACUGCAGAACCUCCACCAGCGCUGGAGACUCGGAGACGACAGCAACGGACACCUGAGCGGCUCUGAUGACAGGAAGGACGAGUAUGAACCUGUCGGGCCGCAGGCGUCGCUGCACGCAGUGGGGAACGGUACAGUGAAGCGACUGGACGGCGUCUCCGAGCUGGACGAGUACUUCCUGAAACGUAAACUGGACGAGGGCGACGGUCACCCGGCAACCAUCGCCGAGUACCUGCAGCGCAGCGACACCGCCAUCAUUUACCCAGAAGCCCCAGAGGAGGUGACACGACUGGGAACGCCCGAGGCCAUCGGACAGGACGAGAGCGAGCACGACCUGCUGUCCGGCACACCUGACGACUUCGCCCAGCUGCUCACCUGUCCGUACUGCGACCGCGGCUACAAGCGCCUGACGUCUCUGAAGGAACACAUCAAAUAUCGCCACGAGAAGAACGAGGAGAGCUUCAGCUGCCCGCUGUGUGCCGACACCUUCAGCCACCGCACGCAGCUGGAGCGUCACAUGACCACGCACAAGCCCACCAGAGACCAGCCGCCGCUGCUCAACGAAGGAGCUGGAAACCGCAAGUUCAAAUGCAGCGAGUGUGGAAAAGCCUUCAAAUACAAACAUCACCUGAAGGAGCAUCUUCGUAUUCACAGCGGUGAGAAGCCGUACGAGUGCUCCAACUGUAAGAAGCGGUUCUCCCACUCCGGCUCCUACAGCUCCCACAUCAGCAGCAAGAAAUGCAUUGGCCUGAUCGCCGUCAAUGGACGAGUCCGCAACGGAAACAAGCCUGGCUCCUCCCCCAACUCCACGACCUCAUCGCCUGGAAGCCCCGCCCUCGCCCAGCUCCGCCACAAACUGGAAAAUGGGCGACCGCUUGGCCCUCCAGACCAGCAGGGGCAGCUUGACAUCAAAGCCGAGCCGAUGGACUUCAAUGAGUACCGGCUGCUGAUGGCCUCACAGCAUGGGUUCGGAGCACCGGGGGUCUACUUGAAUGGCCGGGGUGGGAGUCCGCUGGGUAUCCACAGCUCCUCCCAGAGCCCCCAUCAACAUCUUGGAGGCCUGGGGCUGGACCUCCCCCUGCUGGGAUACCCAGGGGCUUUCGGGAACAAUCUGAGUGAAGUGCAGAAGGUACUUCAGAUCGUGGACAACACGGUGUUCAGGCAGAAGAUGGAUGGGAACCCAGAAGAGAUCUCCAAGCUCAGGGCCUACAUGAAGGAGCUGGGCGCCCAGAUGGAGGAGCAGAAGCUGGCCCAGGCCAGCCUACAGGUGGGGGGUCACGGCAGCCCCACAAAGAGCAUCAUCGACUACACGCUGGAGAAGGUCAAUGAGGCCAAGAGUCUGAUCGAUGAGUCCAAGAGGCAGGUGGACGUAAAGAAAGAGAAGCCAAACCACUUAACUGAUCUCAGCAGUGAGGAGAAAUCCCAUGAUGGACAGAACAGUUUCCUGUCCUUCUCCUGCCAAUACUGCAAGGAAACGUUCCCGGGUCCCAUCCCACUGCAUCAACAUGAGCGCUACCUGUGCAAAAUGAACGAGGAGAUCAAGGCGGUCCUGCAGCCGGCUGAGAGCAGCCCUGCUGGCCGCCAGGGGGCUAUGGCGUCCGAGCUGACCACUAAUGAGCGAGCUACCAGCCCCAUCAACCCCUUCAAGGACCAUGUGUCAGUGCUCAAGGCCUACUUUGCCAUGAACACUGAGCCCAACUCAGAGGAACUGCUCAAGAUUUCAAUUGCUGUCGGCCUUCCUCAAGAGUUUGUCAAGGAGUGGUUCGCCCAGUGGAAGAACCAAAACCAACACGGAGGCAGUCUGAGGAAAAAGUCACCCCCUCCUGACCGCGGUGAACUUGGCAUCAACCACAGCUUGAGCCGGUCACCGAUGUCACUUCCUGCUGUAGAUUUACAUGGAGGCUUCACUAACGGUGAUGCCUCCCACAGAUUCAUGAAGGCCAACCAGUUUACAGCCAAUAGGCAGACAACAGGGGACAAGCCACAUGACCCCUUGGACCACUUGAGGAGCAACACACCGUCACCCCUCAACCUUUCCUCAACUUCCUCCAAAAACUCUCAGAGCAGCUCUUACACUCCAAACAGCCUGGCCUCUGAGGAUGCACACGGGGAUAUACCACUGGAUCUGUCGCUGCCCAAACACAUGGCGCAGAAGCUCAUCUCUGUGGGAGAGAAGCGACCCAGACCCAAUGGUUUCAUCAUUGAGCGCAACGGCGAGGCUCAUGGUCGAGAGCAUUUGUCCGGACCCUUAGAUUUGGUCAACAUCAAGAAGGAGGUCCUAGGCUCUGAUGGUGGAGGGAACUCUGCCCAUCAGCUAGAGAAAAGCACCAGUCCCAUCUUUGGGAUCAAUCCCUUCACCGGCGGUCCCGUCUACACCUCUCUGCCGCCUCAUGGAGCAUUUCCUCCACCUACCUUCAUGUCUCCUGGCCAAGCCUCCAUCCCCGGUCUCAGGCCCUACCCUGGCCUCGACCCCAUGAGCUUCCUGCCCCACAUGGCCUACACCUACGCCACCGGGGCGGCCACAUUCGCUGAAAUGCAACAGAGGAGAAAGUACCAGCGGAAACCAGGUUUCCAGGGGGAGCUGCUGGACGGGACGGCGGACUAUCUGUCAGGCCUGGACGACCUGACAGACAGCGAUUCGCUGCUCUCCAGGAAGAAGAUUAAGAAGACUGAAAGUGGUAUGUACGCGUGUGACUUGUGCGACAAAACAUUCCAGAAGACCAGUUCCCUCCUAAGACACAAAUAUGAGCACACAGGGAAGCGUCCUCACCAGUGUCAGAUCUGUAAGAAGGCCUUCAAACACAAACACCAUCUCAUCGAACACUCGCGCCUCCACUCCGGAGAGAAACCCUACCAGUGCGACAAGUGCGGGAAGCGCUUCUCUCACUCGGGCUCGUACUCGCAGCACAUGAACCACCGAUACUCGUACUGCAAGAGGGAGGCGGAGGAGCGCGAGGCGGCUGAGAGGGAGGCCAGGGACAAGGGAGGAGGAGGCGUGGUGGUCGGGGGCAUGGAGCCCACCGAGCUGCUGAUGCGGAGGGCCUACCUGCAGGGGCUGGGGCCGCUCGGGUACUCGGACCCCGAGGACCAGCAGGAGGAUGGCGGCGGUGGUGGUACGAUCCUGAGAGACGGCAGCGAGGGAGGAGGACAGGAGGAGAGGGAAGUGGACAAAAAGACGUACGAGGAGGUGACAGACAGACAGGAGGCAAGUUUCAGGGAAGGAGAAGAGGAAGAGGAGGAGGAGGACGAAGAAGGUGACAGCAGGAGCCAGGUGGACUCGACGAGGGACGACAAGGGCAAAGACACGACGCAGCUGAUGGACGAGAGCUCACGAGAAGGGAAGACAGACGGCAAGUCGGACCAGGACGACUGAUCCGGAGACUAAUUUAAAAAAGCUUUCAAACAUUUGUCACGUUGGCUUGAUUCAGAAGGAUGCUUUUAUUUUGAAGCGACUGUACACUAAUUAUCAGGGGUGUCAAAAAAUAUGACUUUUAUUUGUUCUGACUUCUGAUUUCCCUCGUGAGACACACAUGCGUACAUCACACAGGUGUGUUUCACCUGACCGCAGACCAACGUGUUUUACAUCAGGACCUUUGAGUUAUCAGAUUCUGUCAGUUCAGACAGUUCUUUGACAAUUUAAGAUCAUUUUGUGAAGAUUAUUUGAACCCUCUUUUAUGAACCUAAACCUUUUAAAUAAUAAUUCUAUGACUUGAUCUGUGAGUUUCUGAAUGUAGAACAACAAUCGAGCUUGAUGGCGUCGCUCUGCUCUCAAACACAAACUGAGAUGAGAAUCAUUUUCCAUCUUGUUCGACGGAAGCUAAUUCUUCAGCGGUAGCUUCCAGGCUACCGGUGAAGCUACACAGCUGAUGCUAACGUUUGCUAGCAAGAAUGAUUGUUGUUAAACUUCUGAUAUCACAGCAGUUGUAGACAAAAUCUUUAAUUGAACGAAUCUAUAAUAAAUCUGGUUUCUAGCGGCUAGAUGUUGAUGCUAACCAUGCUGCUAGCUGUGUCUGAAUUCAUCCAUCAGGCUGCAGGAGCUGUUGUGAGUUGGAAGCUAGCAAAUUAGUAGUUAGCUUUUCAGCUAACGUAACUCGCUAACUAAUCCUGCAAGAAUUUAAAAUAAGAAUAUAAAAUAAGACAAUUAAUCUGGAAAAUUAGGAAGGUUUUAUCUGAAAUACAACUGAUCAACAAGACACAAUUUAGAAAUAUGGCUGAUUAGCACUAGCAUGCUCCCAGACAGCUAGCGAGUCAGUGGUUAGCUCUCCAGUUGGUGUAAUUCACCAACUAGCUCACAACAUUAGCUUUCUGAUAUGAAAUAUUUAGCCGUUUCCCUCAUGUGGUUAUCUGACAAACUGAUUUUGAUCUGAUUUCAGAGAUUAUAACAGUUGUUUUGACCAAUAAGAGACAAAACCUUGAAGUUCAGUAUCCUGAAAUCACUCAUUUGGCUCAUUUGGCAGGCAGAAGCUGGUAAAUCAAAGGUCACGUUUCUAAUUGGUGAAUUAAAAUGAAACACGGUGAUAUUUUCAUGAAUGACUGCAGAGAGGUGCGGCUCCUCUCCACCUCUGAUACUUCAGCCACAGUCUCUAACCGGAGAUGCAACUCGAUGACGGCCAGCGUCCGCGUCAUGAAGCUGGGUGGGAUUGUUUAAAAAUCCACAUUAUGCAAAAAAUAAAAAAUGAAAUAAAAGAAGAAGUAAUAAUGAGUAUCAUUAUAAUGAAAUGAAGUGAAGCUGUUUUUAAUGUACAGUAUUAUAAAGGCCUAAAAGCUGUGUGGUGCUAUAAUGUUCUUAACUUCCUGUGUCUCGUUGUGUUCGAACCCCCAUCAGGAAAUUGCACUCGACUCCCGAAUCACUACAAAAUAAAAGAAAAAAGAAUGAAAAAAUAAAAAAAGAGGGAAACGCCUCGAACACUCGGUCACUUCCUGUCGGUGUAUCUUUUGUCUCCUUUUACUGUGACGUUUUUUUAUUUUGAUCCUGUUUUAUUAUUUUUGCCAACUAACCACACGACUUUGGGCCUCCUAAUGUUUUUUGUUUUUUUCUUUAUGUGAAGGAACAUUUAAACCUGUGUGAUUUUCAAAAUAAAAUGUUGAUGUGAGUCUUAAAAAGGAGAGGAGGGAGCGUGAUAUGAAAGGGCUCCGUUUUAAAAAGAUAAAAUAAAAAAGGACAGAGCCUUUUUUGUGUGUUGAUUUUUCUCCAGAGAAAGCCUUAUAUGCAAACCUCUCACCUGUUCUGCAAAGUGCCAUCCCUGUACAGUGUACAUCACCUGUCCUCUGCUCUGCUUCACAUGGAAAUGAAUAUUUCCUCUUGUUUUGAUUCGUCAGUAUUAGAUAGAUAGACGGCAGUUUGUUAGUUUACAUAUGUUUGUGCAAUUCUCUGUAUUUUUUUGUUCCAUGACAGUAUUUCUUGUCAGUAUUACUUUUUUUGUUUUUGUUGAAUUUUCCAACACAAAUUUCAUUUUUUUUUUGUUUUUAUUUGAGAAUUUACCAUUUUAUUUAUGUGACUCAUUUUAUAUUUCCUAAUUUUAUUUAUUUCAUACUGUAGUGUACAGUAUUAGAGUUCCUCACAAAUAGAUAUAUUUUAGUAAAAAUGAUUCUGUCAUUGACUAUUGGAGCAAAACUAUGAACAGAGCGUCUGUGGUAUUUGGAAAAAUUCAAUUGUUUUGUUGAUUUUUGUUUUUAUUUCCUUUGAAACUACUGGAAAUUCUAAAUUUGGGGAACUUUUGAUACAAUGAUUAUUGUGAAAACACUGUAUUUUUAAAAAAAAAUCCACUUUAUUCAUCCCACUGAAAAGGUGACGAAGGACUGAUGAUGAUGAAGAUGAUGAUGAUGAUGAUGAUGAUGAUGAUGAAGGAAUUCCUAAAAUGUCUGAAGUAUUAUUAUUGAAUUUUUAAUUUCUCUUGGAGAUGACCAUGCUCGAAUAAAUGUAGCCAAAUUAAAUUUUAAUAAAACUGUGUUAUUCUUCUUGUAA